AAGAGAGCACUUGCUAACGGAAUCGUUAUAGCAGGGCUCCCCCUUAGCAGCAAUGGCGGCCAGUCUGUCUGCGGCUGGGGGCUCCGGUGGUCCUGGAGGAGGAAGUUCAGGACCUGGGGGAGGAGGCAGCGGUGGGAAUGCUACCAUACAGGGUACCGGCUUAUGUACGGCCUCGUUGUCCAUGCACAGUGGCUUCCCCAAUGGACCUAAUUGGAGCACAGGGAUCAUUUAUCAGCACACGGCAAGAAGCUUGGACCGGGCCUUGGAAGAGGCGGUCAACACUGGCAUCCUCAGCUUGAGCGGCCGAAAGCUCAGGGACUUUCCUGGUACCGGCUACGAUCUGACGGACACUACACAAGCAGAUCUCUCCAAAAAUAGAUUUACUGAAAUCCCACCAGAUGUUUACUCAUUUGCACCUUUGGAAACCUUAAAUUUAUACCACAACUGCAUCAAAUGCAUUCCAGAGACCAUAAAAAAUCUCCAGAUGCUAACUUACCUAAACAUUAGUCGAAAUCUUCUAUCAACCUUGCCAAAAUAUCUCUUUGACUUGCCAUUGAAAGUGUUGGUCAUUAGUAAUAAUAAAUUAGUUUCUAUACCAGAAGAAGUUGGGAAGUUGAAAGAUUUAAUGGAACUGGAUGUCAGCUGUAACGAACUGCAAGUUCUCCCUCAGCAAGUAGGAAAGCUGCAUUCACUAAGGGAACUUAAUUUAAGAAGAAAUAAUCUCCAAGUAUUGCCAGAUGAGCUGUCAUUCUUACCUUUGGUAAAAUUGGAUUUUUCAUGUAAUAAAAUUACGGAAAUCCCAGUAAGUUAUAGAAAACUCCGUCAUCUAGAGCUUAUUAUUUUGGACAAUAAUCCUAUGCAGAUGCCUCCUGCCCAGAUUUGCCUAAAGGGUAAAGUGCAUAUAUUUAAAUAUCUCAACAUUCAAGCUUGUUGCAGAACAGAAAAGAAGCCAGACUCUCUUGACUUGCCUUCUUUAAUAAAACGAAUGCCUUGCCAACCUCUAACAGACAGUAUCGAAGAUUUUUAUCCAAAUAAAAAUCAUGGCCCAGAUUCUGGGAUUGGUAGUGAUAAUGGAGAUAAGCGUCUGUCAACCACUGAACCAUCAGAUGAUGAUACAAUCAGCCUUCAUUCUCAGGUGUCAGAAUCAACAAGAGAUCAGUUACCAAAAAUUGACAAUCAAAUACUUGGCACAAAACCUGAUCCUAAUAAAGGUCUUGAACAUGAUAUUUAUGAUUACGACCCAAGUGCCGAAGAAGCUCUCUUAUCUGACCGGGGAGAUGUACAACUUAGUAGCCCAUUUGUAACAUAUAUCAAGGAAAGAGGAAAACUUGAAAUUGAGAAGGUUGAAGAAAACGAGAAAUGGGAUGAAGAGAGUAGGCUUCAGAAAGACCAACUUCUGGUUGAAGAAGAAGAAGAUGAAAUAAAGGAAGUGAUGGACUUGAGAAAAAUAGCAGCACAGCUACUGCAGCAAGAAAAGCACAACAGGUUUCUUCACCACACUACUUCUGCAAACACGCGGGACAGAACAAAGCAAAGCAGAGGAUCGGAAAAAUGCCCAACAGGAGAAAAUUCGCCAUUGUCACCUUGCGGCUGGCAGGCAUCAGAAAAAGAUAAUGCUGAUACAGAAGGGGGUACUGGAGGCUGCCAGACAGAGGAAAGACGGAGGUCUAAGCAGACCAGGAAAGAGUAUUUUAAGUACAAGUCCUCCCGAAAGUGUUCAGGUGGAAAUGAAAAUAAUGAGCAUAACAAUGAUAGUGCCAAUGUGUCACCCUCAUCUCCUGUUUCCUCAGAGGACUGUGAAAGAUCUCACAGCAAUUCUCCUACUCCAUUUGGGCUAAAGCCAAGGUCAGCUUUUAGCCGUUCUUCCAGGCAAGAUUAUACCUCAAUGGAUCCAGGAUUUACAAUGCGGAGGAAGAUGGAACAUUUACGAGAAGAAAGGGAACAAAUAAACCAGCUUCGGAAUAAUCUCGAGUCCAGACUGAAAGUUAUUUUACCAGAGGACAUUGGUGCAGCUCUGAUGGAUGGAGUAGUUUUGUGCCAUCUUGCAAAUCAUAUACGCCCACGUUCUGUUGGCAGUAUUCAUGUCCCUUCACCAGCAGUGCCUAAACUAAGUAUGGCAAAAUGCAGGCGAAAUGUUGAAAACUUCCUCGAGGCUUGCAAGAAACUUGGUGUUCCUCAGGACCAUCUUUGCUUGCCACAUCAUAUCUUGGAAGAGAGAGGUUUGGUUAAAGUUGGUGUCACAGUACAGGCGCUUCUAGAGUUACCUUUACUAAGAGCAUCACAACUUUCUUCAUUGUAAAAUGAUCAAAUAAGCACUGACAUUCUAAUUAACUCAUUCUUAAGCCUCAAAAGUCAAAUCUCAGAAUUAAUUCCUAGGACAAUUCUUGUAAAAUCCUGCAAGCUGAAAUAGGCACUGUGCACAGCUACUGUACUAUUUAAGUUGAAGUUAAAAAUCCUAUUUUUACCAUUCCAUUCUCAUUUUUUUUUUUUUUUUUUUAAAGUAAAAAA